AUGAAGCGGGGGCCGCGCACGCCUAAGAAGCCCGCGCCAGCCAAUCAGCGCCGCGCGCCGCCCAGCCUCCGCCCCCCCAUUGGCUGCGCCCGCAACUCCCGGUCCCCUGGACUCCCGGACGGACCCGCGGGCCUGCCCCCCUGCGCCUGCCCGCCUCCUCCCCGCGCCCUCCCGGCGGCCCCUGCUGCCGACGUUCCCCCCAGGACCCGCACCCCGCGGGCCGACUGUGCGCCCCCUCUUGCGGACACUCUUGGUUCCCCUAACCUCCGGGCCCUCUUCCCACCCCGCCACCGCGACGCCGGGCCCCUGACGUCACCCGAUUCGCCAGGAAAUGAACUUUUUAAUAAUCUGAGGAGGGAGGAAAGCCCUCGGUCCCCUCGGCUCGGGGGGCACCAGGCCAGGCCCGGCUCCGCCGGCGCGCCCCCGUCACCCUCUCCCAGGGCAGCUCUGGGCAGCGCCAAGGGGGCGCGGGCUCGGGCUGGGGGCCUCCUCCUGCCUCUGCGUCCGGCUGUCCGUUCGUCUGUCCGAGGCCCUGGCGCAGGUAAAGGCGCGGGGACAGGGGUGCAGAGCCCCAUCCCGCUGGGAACCCACGCGUCUCCGGCCCUUGGGGCACGUCUGCCCUGGCCGCCCGCGCGCCUCCCGCUCCGCUCCACUCCAAGGCGCGCGGGGCCCGGGCUUCUCGAAACUCCGGUCUGCGGGAGAGGAGGCCGGCGCCCGCCGAGUAAGGCGCGCCGGGGCCGGGAGCAGGAGCUCGAGGCCGCGGGCGCCGGGCCUCGGCUGCCGGACCAGGCAGCUUACGAUUCAUCAACGCGUAAAACGCGAUCGCCGCGAAGCCUCCCAGCCUGUUUCGUCGCCUCGGAGCCCAGCAGGAGCUUCUCAAAGACAACACGGCCUCGGGGACAAUACCCCGUGUCCGGCAAGGCUGCCCCACAGGAGCUCAAACCCCAGGACCGAGCGCGGGAGGCCCCCGACCCUCAGGCCGGCCACGGGGCGGUGAACGCCGGAGCCGAGCGGAAGCUUACCGCGGGGCCGCGAUCGGAGCCUCGGCUCGCAGGGAGGUGGUCGUUCCCAGCCCUCAGGAAAGCAGGUAAUCGCCUUUUUCCCCCCAAAGGCGCGGUUCAAAUUAUCUCCGGUUCUGGGUGGGUCUACAGUUUCAUCACCGCGAGCUCGGCUUCAAGCUCCUCCGGGGCAGCCUGAAGCCCCUCCGGGGCAGCGUCCUGCCCACUGCCGGGAUGGAGGUGACCCGCCCGGGUGGGCCCCUGCCCGAACGGCAGCCCUUCUCUGCCCGCCGGCCUGGCGCAGCACGGAGCGCGGGCGGGGAUUUAAUUACCCCGAUCGGCGGCUCAGAAAAUCGCCGCGAAGAGGAGCUUAGCUGGGCAGUUAAGCAAUGCUCGAGCAGGGGCCUCGGGAGAUCUGCACCAGCCUCCCUUCCCGCAAUCCGGGCCUAGAGAAAAAAAGGGAAAGGGGAACCCUACCAGGGUCUCUCGAGGCCGUGGGGUUGCCUCCCUGCAAAAGGCAGGCAGGCAGCCGGCUUGGCUGAGGCCUCCACGUUGGCUGGAGCUCCUGCGUUGGACGCGGGACUGCUGCGUUCUCCAGCAGGAACUAACCCGUCUGGGAGAGAAAAGCGGGGCACCAGGCCCCAGGGCCUCUAGCUGGCCCAUAAUGGGGGGGGGGUCCCACUGGUU